AGUCAUGAAGAGGAGUGGCACACCAGUGUGGGACAGAAGGAGCUACAGGCCCCCUCCCACAUUAAAGAGGAGCAGCUUCAUGAUGAAGAUGAAGCUCAGUCCUUACAGCUUCAUCACAGUCAAAGUGAGGAGAACAGAGGGGCGGAGCUUGUAAGUCAACACAUCACAGAAGCUGAUGGAGAGCAUUGUGAAGAUAUCAAGUCAGAACCAGACAGCAUCUUUGCUCCACUGUCAGACAUGGACCACAUGAUGUCACACUCUUCUGAUCACAGUGACCACAUCCAAAAACCUUUGGAGAGUAAAAAUGACUCUAAAGGUGAUACGAGACAUCACACUAACAACAAACACUUUGACUGCUCUGAAUGUGGGAAAUCAUUUAGACGGAAAAGUAAUUUUACAAGACACGUGAGAAUCCAUACUGGAAAGAAACCUUUUACUUGCUCUGUUUGUAAGAAGAGUUUCUCCAUAAAGCAAAACAUGACCACACACAUGAGAACACACACUAGAGAGAAACCCUUUACUUGCUCUGUUUGUAAGAAUAGUUUCUCCAAUAAGAGUAACAUGAUCAGACACAAGAGGACACACACUGGAGAGAAACCUUUUGCUUGCUCAGCUUGCACUAAAAGAUUCAACACUAAGAAUGACAUGAUAUUACACAUGAGAACACACACAAGUGAGAAACCUUUUACUUGCUCUGUUUGUAAGAAGAGUUUCUCCAGAAAGCAACAAAUGACCAUACACAUGAGAACACACACUGGAGAGAAACCUUUUGCUUUCUCAGCUUGUGCUAAAAUGUUCAACACUAAGAAGGAAAUUAUAUUGCACAUGGGAACACACACAGGUGAGAAACCUUUUACUUGCUCUGUUUGUAAGAAGAGUUUCUCUAGCAAGCAAAUCAUGACCACACACAUGAGAACACACACUGGAGAGAAACCUUUUGCUUGCUCAGCUUGUGCUAAAAGAUUCAACACUAAGCAUGACUUGACAUUACACAUGAGAAAACACACAGGUGAGAAACCUUUUACUUGCUCUGUUUGUAAGAAGAGUUUCUCCAGAAAGGAAUGCAUGACCACACACAUGAGUACACACACUGGAGAGAAACCUUUUGCUUGCUCAGCUUGUGCUAAAAGAUUCAACACUAAGCAUGAAAUUAUAUUGCACAUGAGAACACACACAGGUGAGAAACCUUUUACUUGCUCUGUUUGUAAGAAGAGUUUCUCCAGGAAGCAUCAAAUGACCUUACACAUGAGAACACACACUGGAGAGAAACCUUUUGCUUGCUCAGCUUGUGCUAAAAUGUUCAACACUAAGAAGGAAAUGAUAUUGCACAUGAGAACACACACAGGUGAGAAACCAUUUACUUGCUCUGUUUGUAAGAAGAGUUUCUCCAGCAAGAAAAUCAUGACCACACACAUGAGAACACACACUGGAGAGAAACCUUUUGCUUGCUCAGCUUGUGUUAAAAGAUUCAAUACUAAGAAUGACAUGACAUUACACAUGAGAACACACACAGGUGAGAAACCUUUUACUUGCUCUGUUUGUAAGAAGAGUUUCUCCAGAAAGGAAUGCAUGACCACACACAUGAGAACACACACUGGAGAGAAACCUUUUGCUUGCUCAGUUUGUAAGAAGAGUUUCUUCAGAAAGGGUGACAUGACCACACACAUGAGAACACACACUGGAGAGAAACCUUUUACUUGCUCUGUUUGUAAGAAGAAUUUCUUCCAAAAGGGUAACAUGACCACACACAUGAGAACACACACUGGAGAGAAACCUUUUGCUUGCUCAGCUUGCACUAAAAGAUUCAACAAUAAGAAUGACAUGAUAUUACACAUGAGAACACACACAAGUGAGAAACCUUUUACUUGCUCUGUUUGUAAGAAGAGUUUCUCCAGGAAGCAACAAAUGACCUUACACAUGAGAACACACACUGGAGAGAAACCUUUUGCUUGUUCAGCUUGUGCUAAACGAUUCAACACUAAGAAGAAAAUUAUAUUGCACAUUAGAACACACACAGGUGAGAAACCUUUUACUUGCUCUGUUUGUAAGAAGAGUUUCUCCAGAAAGGAACGCAUGACCACACACAUGAGAACACACACUGGAGAAACCGUUUAGUUGCACUGUGUGUGAUAAGAUGUUCAGGUAUAAGUAUCAGGUCGGUAAACACAAGUGUGUAACAGUCAUGGAAGCUGCAGGGAUGUAAAAACACUUAAACAGUGAUUGUGCUAAAUGUAGUUUAAAAACACAGCAUGUUUAAUAAGAAUGUAUAUUUGAUGUUGUAUGUAGUGCUUCUCAUCUUCUAGUCUUAUAUGUUGUCCUGUAGCUACUUUAUAAGUUGUGUGCAUGUAUUGAAUGUUAUAUAUGUAGCUACUAUUUUAUUCUAUUUUUCAUCUUUGAAGAGAGGACAUCUUAUUAUUUUCAUUUGUUUUUUUUCACACAUUUUUUCCAUUGUAUUUUAUUGAUGUUAUUAUCCAAUUAAAAGUAUGAAUGAAU